CAAACACUGAAGAAAGUGAAGAAGUUUUUAAUCAAAUUUUAAUUUAUAAAAAAAUUAAAUAAAAAUUUUGAGUGAAAGUUGAUUUUUAAUUUAUAAUUAAAAUAAAUAAUAAAAAUUCCAACUGCAAUUGGUUUUUGAAGUCAAAAAAAAAGAGAUUGUAAAAAAUACUAAGAAUUUUCAUAGUUAUUUGAUGUCUGCAGUUAAAAUUCAAAUUAAAAAUAAAAUCUUCUGUGCGGAAAUGUCAGAAGCUUAGCACUUUCUACUUUAGAAGGAAAAAUACGAAUUUGUAUAAAAUUUUAAUUAUUUGUGAAAUUAAAAAAGCAAAAAAAAAAUUUUUUUGAAAAUCGACAAUUAACGAUUUUUUCUUUAAAUCGAAAAAAUUUGCAUGGGUAAAGUUAUGAGAGUAAAACCGCCUACACCCCAGUCCACGAAUUGCCACGCCACCGUUCAAAGCUAUAAACUUGCGAAUUAUAAGCAAAACUCGAAAUUGAAAAAACUGCAAAUCUAUUUUAUGUUCAAUAAUUUGUGCAAGAGAAAAACUUUUUCAGAACAAACUUUACUGACAUUAAACUUUUUCAAGAAUUGUUCCGAGUGAAGUGCGUUGUUGUAGCACUUUUAUUAUUACAAAAACAAAGUGUAACUGCGAGUUUUGAGUUUUAAAUUGCAAAAUAACAAAAAAUUUUCGAAAAUUUCAAUAAAAAAAUAUAAACAACUGUGGAAGCACAUAAACUCGCUUUAUUCAUUCUUUUACACUUUUUAUUAAACGCCACGCAAGAAUGGUUGGUGUAGCUGCUAAGUCAGGUCAGGAUGAGCUCUCAUCGGCGAAUAAUCCAAUGAUUAAAUACAUGCUAAAAGCACGUGAAAAUCAUGCACGCGAGCAAAAGCAUGACUACUCUCACGUGUUUCGGAAGAAGACGCGUUGGGAGCUGUUCCGCUUGUCGUCCAUUGCGAUGGCAAUUGAAUUUGCAUAUGCGGCUGAAACUUCGUUUGUAUCACCGAUCCUGCUGCAAAUCGGUAUUGAUCACAAGCAUAUGACAAUGGCUUGGGGUUUAUCCCCACUUAUCGGUUUCUUUGCAUCUCCACUUCUGGGUUCAAUAAGUGAUCGUUGCAAGUUAAACUGGGGUAGACGUAGACCUAUAAUAACUUUGCUAUCAUUGGGCAUAUUCAUUGGUUUAAUACUUGUGCCAUAUGGUCAAGACUUGGGAGCACUGUUAGGUGAUACGGGAUAUAAUUAUACAACGAAUAUACUAAACUUAAAUUACACCUCUGAUGCGGGUAGUGUUGCAGCUUUGAUUGCAGAUACCGAGCCACCGAGUGCAGGAAAUUUUAAAUAUGCUGCUAUACUAACUAUUAUUGGAAUGGUUUUACUAGAUUUUGACGCGGACACAUGCCAGACUCCAGCACGUACUUAUUUGCUGGAUAUGUGCACUCCAGAGGAUCAACCACGUGCUCUGACUGCGUUUUCUUUACUUGCUGGUAUUGGUGGAACCAUUGGCUAUGGUAUUGGUGGCAUUGAUUGGGAAAGAACAACAAUUGGUGCCGCUCUAGGUGGCAACAUUCCCACAGUAUUUGGAUUGGUUACCAUUAUAUUUGUUAUUUGCUAUUUAAUCACAAUAACUACAUUUCGAGAAAUUCCAUUGAAGCUCAUUGAAAAAGAUGAUAUGUUAAGACCCUUAUCAGCGGAGGAUAUUAAAAAGGAAUUAAAUAAAAACAAUAAUACAGUUUACUACAUUAAAGAGACGACAUCAUUGGAAUUACAAAUUGCUGAACCAAGAAAAAGUUCUGUUACACCUAUUGAAAGUUAUCAAAAUGGUAGUACACCGAGUUCAACAGCUGCAAGCCAAACUACAAAAGCAAUAGAAUUGGAUGAAUCAGUAGAUAAACCAGUUACAUUGGGACAGUACUUGAAAAGUAUAUUUGUAAUGCCGUAUUCUAUGCGAAUCUUGGCACUUACCAAUUUGUUUUGCUGGAUGGGCCAUGUUGCUUAUUGUUUGUACUUCACUGACUUCGUUGGGGAAGCGGUAUUUCACGGUGAUCCUUCAGCACCACCAAAUUCCGAAGCAGCUGAUCUGUAUGACGCUGGUGUGCGUUUUGGUUGUUGGGGCAUGUCCAUUUAUGCAUUUUCCUGUUCGGUUUAUUCUUUAAGCGUAACUAAAUUGAUGCAAAUAUUUGGACCAAAAUUAGUUUACAUUACUGGCAUUUUAUACUACGGAGUUGGCAUGUUGGUACUUGGAAUCUGGCCUACAAAAUGGGGUGCAUUAUUCUUCAGUACGUCGGCUGGCAUUCUGUAUGGUACACUGUUUACUAUGCCUUACAUUUUGGUAGCACAUUAUCAUGCCAAAAACUGCUUCCGUAUUCGAAAUGGUGAAACAGUGCCAUUGAAACAAACUCGAGGCCUUGGCACUGAUAUUGCGAUAAUAAGCAGCAUGGUGUUCGUAGCACAAAUAAUUGUCUCCCUCUCGAUGGGGCCUCUAGUGGAUUGGCUGCAAACGACAUGUGCCAUUUUGUAUGCGUCAUCAUUUUUUGCAUUUAUUGCUGCAAUUUGUUCAUUAUUUGUUUUGUAUGUUUGAGUCAAAA